AUGGCUCGCGCAAAGCAGCCAACCCCCGUACGGCGGGAGCUAUCCUCCGAAUAUAUCAGCAAAGCCGACCGAAAAUCGCCAUCUGAGAAGGAGGAAGCAGCAGCAGUCUCCGGCGCAAGUGGAAGUGUCAAGCCGCCAUCCUCAUCAUCCCUUGCGGUACCAAUCAAGAAGGAAGCCGGCAUUGCCACGCUCCUCAUUGACGUUGCCGGCAUUUACAUCUCCUUCCUAACCUGGGCCUACCUCCAAGAAAAGCUCACCACAACCAACUAUGGCGCCUCUCCGAUCUCCAAAGGCGAGCGCUUCAAAUUCCCCGUCUUCCUUCUAACGAUUCAGUCUCUCUUCGCCGCCCUCGGCGGCAAGCUCUUCACCGUCCUUUCCACCCCCAAGGGCCAACCAGUCCCCGCCAUGAUCCCCUCGCGCGCAAUCUUACCGCCCCUUCUCUUGGUGGCAUUCACCAACGCGCUCGCCGCUCCGUUCGGGUACGCCGCCCUGGGCCACAUCGAUUACAUCACUUAUAUCCUGGCCAAGUCGUGCAAGCUGCUGCCCGUCAUGUUUUUGCAUAUCACGCUUUUCAGGAAGCGGUAUCCGCUGUACAAGUACUUGGUCGUGGCGGCGGUGACGGCGGGAGUGGCUGUUUUUACACUGCAUUCGGGCUCCAAGAAGCAUAAAGCUUCGAGUCACUCGGGGCAGACGAGCUGGGGAUUGUUGUUGCUGGGCAUCAACCUGUUGUUUGAUGGCUUGACCAACAGCACGCAGGAUUACAUUUUCCAGACGUUCCAGCCUUAUACGGGCCCGCAGAUGAUGAUGGCGAAUAACCUGUUGUCGUCCAUCAUCACGGGCGCGUAUUUGGUCUUGUCCCCGUGGCUGGUGAAGACGGGACUGGGCGAGUGGUUUGGCAUGGCCCAGGCUACGGGCCAGGAGGGAGAGCUGGCGGGCGCAUUGGCGUUUUUGGCAAGACAUCCGGAGGCGUGGAGGGAUGUACUGGGAUUUGCUCUUUGUGGGUGUAUUGGCCAGGUUUUUAUUUUCCACACCCUCUCAACCUUCUCCUCUGUCCUCCUCGUCACCGUCACCGUCACCCGCAAAAUGUUCACCAUGAUCCUCUCCGUCGUGGCUUUCGGCCACCGCUUGUCUGAAAUGCAAUGGCUCGGCGUCGGUCUCGUGUUCGGUGGCAUCGGUGUCGAGGCUGCCAUUGCGAGACGCGAGAAGCUCGCCAAGGAAGAGGCCAAGAGGAAGGCGAAGGCGACUUUGGGAAAGGCGCAAUGAUCAAGUCUUCGGGUGGUAGUGGUGAGAUAGAUGAAAAGGUGUAGUUGAUUUAGGUCUAAAUAGGUUAGAGGAUGUGAGAUACAAAGAGGUUGUUAUGUGGUAUUCAUAGAUAUCAUACACAUUCAUACAUCUGU